AUUUAAACGUCGUUAUGAAGGAUUGGCAAGCAGGGUCCUUUCCUCCUGCUUUUUAAAUGAUUAAUUCAAGGUAUUGACUAGGAUUGCAUUGUUGCAGUCACCAUGUCAGACAACAUUCUUGUGGCUGUGCGAGUGAGACCACUCAUUACAAGAGAGGUGUCUGACGCAUCAACCAUCCAAUGGCAAACGGGUACAGACAACACCCUCACCCAGAUUGACCCAGUGACACGGAAGGCUUUGUGUGUUCCAUAUAAAUUUGAUCGAGUCUAUAGCUCGGAUUACAACAAUGCAGACAUAUACUUUAAAGUGGCAGAGCCCAUUGUGGAGUCUGCUUUGGCAGGCUUCAAUGGAACCAUUUUUGCUUAUGGACAAACAUCAUCAGGAAAAACCUUCACCAUGAUGGGAAACCGUGACUAUCCCGGUAUCAUCCCUAUGGCAAUCCAAAACAUUUUCAAUUCCAUUGAGAACACACCUGACCGGGAGUAUUUGAUCAGGGUCUCAUACAUGGAAAUCUACAAUGAGAACAUUACAGAUUUGCUUGCUUCACGUGAAUCUCGUGGCAAGAGCUUGAGUGUACGAGAAGAUAUUUCAGGCAAUGUAUACGUUGCUGACUUAAAGGAAGAGUGUGUAAACUGUGAAGAAAGUUUGUUAGCCUUGAUGAGAAAAGGAGACAAGAAUCGCCAUGUUGGAGUUACAAACAUGAAUGAACGUAGCUCAAGAUCACACACCAUAUUCCGUAUUAUUUUAGAGUCACGAGAACGCACUGAAGGUGAUGGCAGUGAUUCAGCAGUUGUCGUCUCUCAGCUGAAUCUGGUUGAUCUUGCUGGUUCAGAGAAUGCAUCUCAGACUGGAGCCACUGGGGAAAGGCUUAAAGAGGGAGGCUUUAUCAACAGGUCCCUCUUCAUGCUUGGACGGGUCAUUUCACAGCUGAGUGAUGGAGAGCAGUUUGUAAAUUUCCGUGACUCUAAGCUGACACGAAUUCUACAGCUGUCAUUAGGAGGAAAUGCCAAGACUGCUAUUAUAUGCACAGUUACUCCAGCAGCUGUAGACCAAACACAUUCUACUUUAAGGUUUGCAUCAAGAGCCAAAUCAAUCAAAAAUAAGCCUAUUGUGAAUGAAGUUUUGUCUGAGGCUGCUCUGCUGAAGAGAUAUGCAAAAGAGAUUAAGAAAUUAAAGGAGUCUCUUGAAAAGGAACGCAAUACUGAUAAAGCACAAGAAGUUGAACAGGUGCGUGAGAUGUUGGAUGAGCAGUCCCGCAAGAAUGAAGAUCUUCAGGCCAAAGUGACAGAGCUAAAAACUAUGUUAGUAGUAUCUAGCCUUCCAAAGGAAACAGAUAAGAAGAUCAUUGACAAAAAGAAGAGGCUCCGCCGUGAGACAUGGGCCGCCCCAGCAGCAUCCAGAGCCAUGAGGAGGAGUAUGGCUCCACUGAGGAUAGAGCCCCUGAACCUGGAUCACGAGUUUGUGCGGCCGGAAUUGCCACCUUGGAAAGAGUUGGGAAUACUUGCCGAAGAGUCAUCCAAUUCCUCUCAAAGCCCACCACUCAACUGCUCAUCUGCAUCUGAUGGUUUUGGAAAAGAUGACCUUAGUUUCAACAUGGAUUUGGCUGAACAGUCAAAAUUAGGAAAACUGGAGAGCAGUUUCAAUACCCCUGAAAUUUUGGGACCAAAGCGGAAGAGAAGAGUCCAAUUUGACUGCACUCUUCAACCAAGUUCCAUUGAUGCUGAGUGUCAGACUGAAGAGAGUUUGCUACCAAAAAUAAACCUAUUGCGCUCUCCAUAUCCAAGUACGCCAAAGAGAGGUGCAGGUAUCCCUCCUGGUUCACCAGGAACUCCAGCUCAUGUAUUGAGAGCAAGAAAUACAGAACUGAAGCAAAAGUUGGAGGAACAGAAUGAGUGGUUGCAGGAGUGGCAGGCAGAACUUAGUGAACUUCGAGACUUCCAGAAGGUGGAGCUGCAGUUGCUGGAAGAGAGUUUCCAGUUGAAAGUGGCUGAUGGACCCAUUGAUAAUACCAAACUCGAUGCUCAAGCUAAAGAAAUAUCGUCUCUAAAGCAUUCUUUGAAAGACUCCGAAACUCUCUUACUGGAUGCCAAUCGAGCUUUGUGUCAGAAGACCCAGGAUUUGGCCAGUUUGCAAGAACAGUAUCAGGAACUCAUGGAGGAAAAUGAAAUAAGAUGUGGGUAUGAGACAGAACUCUUCAAACUGCGAGAGGAAAAUAUACUGUUGAAGAAAUCAUUGGUAAGUAAUUUCAUAUAUUUAUGUAUCUCAGUUAUGAUCGAUUUAAAGAUAAUAUAACUUAGGGG